AUGUCAAGCCCGGGAGGUCACAGUGGAGGUCGCUCACGCCGAGAUGGAUUCUUGUUCAGCAGCAGAGAUGAAGUCUGUGGGCUGUCUGCAGACGCUGCGGGACGGCGCUCCACGGCUCCUUUGUCUCCUCGGUCUACUUUCCUUUACGCAGUGUGCCUCUCAGGCUUCCAUAGUCGACACUACAGACAGCUUCUGGACACACAAACUGUCUUUAAUGACUGGAUGAUGACGACCGAGAUCUGUCACGUCUGGAUGAAAGGCGGCUCGAGGAUUGUUGCAACUGAGAACCUGACUGAGAACCUGACAGAGAACCUGACAGAGAACCUGACUGAGAACCUGACUGAGAACCUGACUGAGAACCUGACUGAGAACCUGACAGAGAACCUGACAGAGAACCUGACAGAGAACCUGACAGAGAACCUGACUGAGAACCUGACUGAGAACCUGACUGAGAACCUGACUGAGAACCUGACAGAGAACCUGACUGAGAACCUGACAGAGAACCUGACAGAGAACCUGACUGAGAACCUGACUGAGAACCUGACUGAGAACCUGACAGAGAACCUGACAGAGAACCUGACUGAGAACCUGACUGAGAACCUGACAGAGAACCUGACAGAGAACCUGACUGAGAACCUGACUGAGAACCUGACUGAGAACCUGACUGAGAACCUGACAGAGAACCUGACUGAGAACCUGACUGAGAACCUGACUGAGAACCUGACAGAGAACCUGACUGAGAACCUGACUGAGAACCUGACUGAGAACUGUGAGAACCUGACUGAGAACCUGACAGAGAACCUGACAGAGAACCUGACAGAGAACCUGACAGAGAACCUGACUGAGAACCUGACAGAGAACCUGACAGAGAACCUGACUGAGAACCUGACUGAGAACCUGACAGAGAACCUGACAGAGAACCUGACAGAGAACCUGACUGAGAACCUGACAGAGAACCUGACAGAGAACCUGACAGAGAACCUGACUGAGAACCUGACAGAGAACCUGACAGAGAACCUGACUGAGAACCUGACAGAGAACCUGACAGAGAACCUGACAGAGAACCUGACUGAGAACCUGACUGAGAACCUACAGCUUUCAUAA